AUGAAUCAGCAUCAAUAUUUGAGUAAAUCUACUAAACGAAGAAGGUUUCUUGAGGAGGUUGAAGUAAUUGAUCUUUUUAAUAAAAAUCCAUCUUUAGUAUCCUCUGAACCUCAACCUACCUCCCAGCAAGUUAAUAUAUUACAAAAUGAUCAAAAUACAUCUAAUCUUAUUAUUCAACAUUCCAUUAGUAAUUUUUCUAAUUGUCAAGUAAAUAAUUUAGAUGAAAUAGAAGUCCUUGAUAGUAAAUCUGAUAGUUACAAUAGCAGUGAUGAAGAAACAAUAGGUAAUGAUUUUUUUAAUAAUGACACAGAGCUCAUUUUAAAAUCUUUAGCUCAGUGGGCAGUGCACUUUAAUAUUACAAAUAUGGCUUUUUCUGCAUUGUUAAAAUAUUUAAAAUCACAUAAGUGUUUUAAUAGCUUUCCGGUUGAUGCUCGUACUAUUUUAAAAUGUUCAAAUAAUAACUCUAAAGAAAUUAUAUCAGUUCCUCCUGGAAAAUAUUACCAUUUUGGCAUAGAUAAUGGCUUAAGAAAUAUUUUCGGGUAG